CGAGAUAUUUUUUUCGUUAGUGUGCCAGUCUAGUCACCCCGGGGUCCUCGAGGGAAAUGCUGUAUGUUUACAAAUUAUUUUAUUGAUGUUGGAUUUUUUACGGUGAAAGAAUCUAAACUGUCGAGAAACUGUUGGGAUUUUUUUUCUUCAUUUUCCUGACUCAAGCGCGCACGAGAGCAAGAGCGAAGUGGAACAACUGACCUAUAAUAAAUUCAUCGAUUGCAGUUAUUUGGUUACUAAGUUAUUCUAAUCAAUACGUAAUAACCUGUUGUUCCAAGAAGAGAAAGGCGCGAUUCACUGAUACCCAAUGUCAUGAUUUAAUAUCGAGAAGAAUAGAAUUCAAGACAACACAAGUUAUUUAUUGAAAAACCUAAAAACAAUGCAAUAUACGUUCAAUAUGUAAAUAUUAUAUUUGGAGUAUUGCUUGUUGGGGGACAACGUCACCAAAAGGAGCUUAUCUAUUUUCUCAAGCACUCUCUCCCAUGUCACAUUCAACAUCAAUAGAAAUAGUUGCGGUUGUGUUAUUGUUGUAAUUUGUGUCAAAACCGAAGGAUGACUGUCAAACUGGAUUUUGAAGAGUGUCUCAAAGACUCCCCCCGAUUCAGGGCCGCCAUUGAAGUGGUGGAAGGAGAUGUCUGUGAAUUGGAAACGCGAUUAGAGAAGCUGGUGAAGCAGUGCCACUCCAUGCUAGAGGCUGGCAGGGCCUACUGUCAGACCAGCAAGAGCUUUGUCACAGGGCUCAAAGAGCUGGGCCAUCACUGUUCUGGGGACAACAUGAUGGGGGAGUGUUUGGAGAAAUUCUCCAAGAAGCUGGCAGUGAUUCUGGAAGCUCAGGGGGAAGUGAUUGAAAGCACACAGAAGUCGGUGAAGUUGAAGUUGCUGAGUUUUGUGAAAGAGGACGUGCGUCGGUUCAAGGAUGUGCGUAAGGAGUUUGAGCGGGGUAGUGAGAGUCUGGAGGCAGCAUUGGGGAGGAACGCUCAGGCCCCCCGGGGAAAACAGCACGAGGUAGAAGAGGUCAGCCAUGCCCUCCUCAACGCCCGCAAGACCUUCCGCUCCGGAGCCCUCGACUACGUACUGCAGAUCAAUGUCAUCGAGGCCAAGAAGAAGACCGACAUCCUGAUGGCGAUGGUGUCUAUGAUGGAUGCCCAGUCUCAGUUCUUCCAGCAAGGUCACCAGUCCCUCUCGGAGCUGGACGACUACCGCCGCACCCUGAGUGAAGAGCACACUCAACUAGUGUUGAAUUCCGCCAGGGAGAAGAGAGACAUGGAACAGAGACACGAGGCCAUUAAGAAAAAGGAUGUGUCCUAUGAUAACUCCUUAAUGGAUUUCUGUGCUGAUGCCGCCAACGGUAUUGCCAUGGAGGGCUACCUGUAUAAGAGAGCUAGCAAUGCCUUCAAGACCUGGAGCAGGCGCUGGUUCUCCAUUCAGAAAAAUCAACUGGUCUAUCAGAAGAAAUUCAAGGAUCAGCCCACAGUAGUGAUUGAGGAUCUGCGUCUUUGUACAGUGAAGGUCUGCGUUGACAACGAGAGACGAUUCUGCUUCGAGGUGGUCUCUCCAUCCAAGAGCUGUCUGUUACAGGCAGACUCCGAGCGCCAGCAGCAGGGCUGGAUCAGUGCUGUCCAGAACAGCAUUGCUUCAGCCUUCCAGGAACGCAGAGAAGACCCACACUGUCCCAGGGAACAUUGCAGCUCUGUGUCGGGAGGCAGCCCAGGAGGAGGAGGGCUGUGUGGGGAGCAGGAGAAGACGGGGGGCCGCGAGGCUCUGGAGGAGGUCCAGGCCAUCCCGGGGAACAUGCAGUGCUGCGACUGUGGAGAGCCCGGUCCAGACUGGGCCUCUAUCAACCUGGGGAUCACCCUCUGCAUCGUCUGCUCGGGGAUACACAGGAGUCUGGGUGUCCAUUUCUCCAAAGUACGCUCCCUCACCCUGGACUCCUGGGAACCAGAGCUGGUCCGGUUGAUGUGUGAGUUGGGAAACACAGCCAUCAACAGGAUCUACGAGGGGCGAAUUGAUGAGAUCACCAUCAAGAAACCCCACCCGUCCAGUCCAAGGGGUGAUAAGGAGUCGUGGAUUCGUUCUAAGUACGUGGAGAAGAAGUUCAUCCAGAAGCUCCCAGAGACGGGACGUAAAGCUCCCCUGCGGCGCUCCAGCGCCCGGAGGAACAGGGCUAACACCCAGGAGAGGCCAGCCGGGUCGCGACCCCCACUCAAACCCAAACCCACCCGGGCCACCCUGCCACGACUCGCAGGGCUCAAUCAGAGUGACCUUGUCCAAGAGAACAAUACGGGCAUUCACAAAGAUGAUGAAGAUGACGCAGAGGAGGACCUGUCUGGUCUUCAUCCCGGGGCGUUGUUAUAUCGGUCUGCAGCGCUGCAGCAUUUCCCUGUCAUGGCCGACGCCCUGGCCCACGGAGCUGACGUCAACUGGGUCAACACAGCCGAGGAGUCCAGCACCCCACUCCUACAGGCCGUCACCGCGAACUCCUUGGCAGCGUGUGAGUUCCUGCUACAGAACGGUGCCAAUGUCAACACAGCAGACAGCAACAGGAGAGGACCUCUACACCACGCCACUAUACUGGGACACACUGGGCUUGUGUGUCUGUUCCUGAAGCGAGGGGCGGACUACAACGCCAGAGACAACAACCAGAAAGACCCCAUUACUAUCGCCGUGGAGACAGCCAACGCUGACAUUGUCACCCUGCUGCGAAUUGCCAAGAUGAACAAGGAGAUGCGGGAGAUGGAUGGAGCCUUUGGCCAAUCAGGUGAUGAAACGUACCAGGACAUCUUCAGGGACUUCUCUCACAUGGCAUCUAACAACCCGGAGAAACUCAAACGCCGCAGCACAGACUUUAAAACUUGACCUUUUACUCAACAGCUGUUUCUUUUGUAUGCUGUUGUUACGCUGUUUUCCUUUCUUUUUUGUUGUUGUCACACACACACGCCCGACACAGACAAACACACACACACACACGCCCGACACAGACAAACACACACACACACACACGCCCAACACAGACAAACACACACACACACACAUUUGCUGGCCACCUGCUCUGCGUUAGGUCAUUGCUCAGCUGGUGAUUACUUUAGUAGCGGCUCCGGUCCAACAGUAAUGUCUUUGUGUUUGGCUGCCAGAGGAGAACACUCCGGCUUAGUGGCUACAUGAGACACUUGUUGAAGGAGAUAGAAGAUGUACAGCCUAAUAAUGACGGCUGAUACAGUAAUAACCUCCCAUUGAAUUACUUAUUUCCUCAUUUCAUUUGGCUAACCGUAGUCUAGCGGAGCGACCCGACACAAUUCUCGUCUCGUUGACUCGACUGUAAGGCUCGGUUUCCCACAACUACCGUUGAACAAAAAAAAUGCAACUUUAAUAGCUGUGUUGCUUUCUGUCGAUCCUCCUCAAUGUGCUGUUGUGACAGAAAGAAAAGGAGGGAUAUGUUUGAAGCAAAGGGUAAAACUGUUGUAUGUGCUCUUGUACUUGUCUUCAUAAUUUUGGAUGUGAUGUUGUUUCUUUGUAUAUCAUGUUGGGUUUUUUUUUUUGGGGGGGGGGUCUAUUGACUGCGUGAGGUACAAGAGAUGUGUUUCUUGCGGAAAAUUAAAAUACCCAAGUUAA